AUGGAAUGGUUCAACAAACUGGAAGGAGAACCAAAAACGAAAGCAUUAGAAUUAAUGCAGACUGGAUGUCGAGAACUUUUAAAAAUAAUACUUGGGGAAGACAAAGCUAUUGAAGUUAAAAACAUGAAAGAAGCUGGAACUGAUAUAAAUUUAAUAAGUAAUAAAAUAAAUGAAUGGAUUAAUGAAUUGAGUGAAUCUAGCCAUUUACGGAAAUUGGCAGAAGAAUACAAACCUGUUUGUAGACAACUUUUUGGGGUAGGAGAGGAGAAGAAACCUGCAGGAAGGAAACGAAGAGAUCAUCAUCAUGGGCAUGGAGGAGGACACACUUUAGAGGAUUACUUCAAAACUCAUUUGAGUUGGUUGGAUGAUGGACAGAGGAAGAAUCUUAAAACAAUGAAAGGGGAGGGAAAGACAAGGGAGGAAAUGCAGAAGAAGGUAAAUUUAAUUAUUAGAAAAUUAGGGAGAUUAGGAUUCUGAAUGAGAGAAUUUAUUAAUUCAUAAAGGGAGCUGUCAAAGGUCAUGUCGUAUAAUGCCAUAAAAGAAUGAUAUACUAAUAUACCGUAUUUUUUUCUUAUAGUGCGACUGUCUCUAUUAGACCG